AUGACGAGCAUGCAGCGGCUCAGAGAGCUGGUUAAUGAGCGUCUGUGUGCCGCUGCAGAGGAAAUCUUCGAGGCGGUGAAAGAAACCAUCGCAGGCUACGAAGAGGAGCUGCUGCUGUCCAGACGGGAAGUCCGCCGGCAGCGCAGGAUGCUCAAGACUCUGUCCAAACCUGCCGAGGAGGAGGAAGAGGAGGUGGUGUGCUGUGAGCAGGAAUGGAGCUCCGGUGUUGACCAGGAGAAGAACCAGCAGGAGCUCCGCAGCAGCCAGGAGGAGGAGGGCAACACCAUCAGGUUCAUCUUCACUCCUCCGUACGUGAAGAACGAGCUGGAGCCGCUUCAGUCCGGCUUCCAGAAAGCAGGAGAAGGAGAUCCUCUGCCGGGAACGUCGGCGGAGCGCGGCCGGACGAAGGAGGAGGAGGCCGACGACGAGGACGAGGGCGCUGCGUCCUCCAGCUGUUCUGCAGCCGAACACGACGACAGCGACGAGGAGUGGAGGGGCAGCGCCGGCUCUCUGAGCGGCGACGGCGACGGCGAGUGGAAGAAGAGGAAGACGUCUCGUUUAUCGGCGGACGCCAAACCGCUUCCCGCCAAGAAAGCAAAACCGCGCAUCUGCUGCAAAGUGUGCGGCAAAGCUUUCCACGCCAACGUCUCGCUGGUGAAUCACAUGGAGGUUCACCCGAAGGACGUCUGCGGCGUCUGCGGGGAACGCUUCGACACGGAGGAGAACUUUCAGGACCACCUGAAGACGCACGUGAAAGCCGGGAUCUGCGGCGUUUGCGGGAAAUGCUUCGGCACGUCGAGCGCUCUGGAGACGCACAUGAGGAUCCACACGGGAGAGAAACCGUUCAACUGCAGCGAGUGCGGGAAAUCCUUCAACUGCCGCCACAACAUGAUGCGGCACAUCCGGAUACACACGGGGGAGAAGCCGUACCCCUGCGGCGUCUGCGGCAAGUGCUUCAACGACUACUCCACGUGGAAACGCCACCUGCUGGUCCACGUGAACAAGAAGAGCCUCGACCCGAACAACGCGUUCGAAAGCGAAAACGCCGAGAACGACGGCGAGAAAAAGAUCAAAAGGCCGUCGCCGAAAAAGCAGCAGACCCGGACGAUAUGUGAAGUGUGCGGGAAGAUGUUUCACUCCGUCGUUUCUUUGGUGAAUCACGCCAAAAGUCACGCCACGGACCUGUGCGGCGUUUGCGGGACGCAUUUCGACUCCGAGGAAAGUUUAAAACUGCACCUGAAAACGCACAAAAACGGGAAGGUGUGCGAAGUGUGCGGGAAGUGCUUCGACAGUCAGGGGAACCUGGAGAUGCACAUGAGGAUCCACACGGGCGAGAAGCCGUUCCUCUGCAGCGAGUGCGGGAAAUCCUUCAACUGCCGCCACAACAUGAUGCGGCACAUGAGGACGCACACGGGGGAGAAACCGUACCUGUGCAACGUGUGCGGCCGGUGUUUCAGCGACCACUCCACCCUGAAGCAGCACAGCGGCACGCACACGGGGGAGAAACCGCACCGCUGCGAGGUCUGCGGCAAAGGCUUCCACCGAAAGACGUACGUGAGGCUCCACAUGAAGAGCCACACCACGGAGAAGUGA